AGCCAAAGCACAUUCCCUCCUCUCCCUCUCUCCUGUUUGUUCAGCCACAGACCAGACAGAGCAACCAGCACCAGACAUGCAGAGAAUGAGCUUCCUGGUUGCCUCUUUGCUAGCCCUGGUGGCCAGCGUCUCUCCUGCUCUGAGUCAGUGCCCCAGUCCCUGCCACUGCCACAGUGACCUGCAGCAUGUCAUCUGUGACAACGUGGGGCUCAAGAAGAUCCCAGUAGCGUCUGACGCCACACGCCUCCUCAACCUGCAGAGGAACCAGCUGCCUGUGAUCCCCAGCGGUGCCUUCAGCAGCUCGCCAGGGCUCAUCUCCCUGCACCUGCAGAGCUGCCACAUCAAGGAGAUCUCGGGCAAGGCCUUUAAAGGGCUCAAGAAGCUCAUCUAUCUUUACAUAUCCAACAACGAGAUCAGCAUCAUCAAGCCGGGCGCCUUCGAGGACCUGAGCGAGCUCACCUACCUCUACCUGGACAGCAACCGCAUCAGUGACCUGCCCCGCGGCAUCCUGGCCCCCAUGAUCAACCUCUUCACCCUGCAGCUGAACAACAAUAAGAUCCGUGAGCUCCGGGCCGGCUCCUUCAGCGGCGCCAAGGACCUGCGUUGGCUCCACAUUAGCGACAAUGACAUGGCUUCCAUCCAGCCCUCUGCCCUGGAGGAUGUGGAGAACCUGGCCAUCCUGCAUCUGGAGCACAACCGUCUGUCUUCCUUCCCCAGUGCCGCCCUGAGCAAGCUGCGUGUGUUGGAGGAACUCAAGCUGUCCAAGAACUCCAUGAAGAGCAUCCCUGACAAUGCCUUCCAGUCCUUCGGGAGAUACAUGGAGAAGCUCUUCCUGGACAACAUGGGUCUGGAGAGGUUUUCAGACGGAGCAUUUAACGGAGUCACAGCCCUCAAGUCCCUGCAUUUGGAGAACAACAAGCUCAAUACCCUUCCCAGCAGCCUCUCCUUCACCACCAUUGAGAACAUGACAAUCGCCAACAACCCCUGGAUGUGCAGCUGCUCGCUCGCCCCACUGCGCAAGUGGAUGGACUCCAACCGGCUCCGCACAGAGGGCGCCUGUGCCGCUCCCUCUCAGUACCGAGGCCAGCAGAUCAGGGACACCGCCGCCUUCAACAGCUGCAGACAGAAGACAAAGAGGGCUAAAAAAGGGGCGCGCUAUUAAAGAGAAGACAGUGAAAAAGUCUAUCCAGGUGACCGGCUAUUUGUAUGAAGAAAGAAGCCAUGCCAACUGCUACUCUCCUCAGCAUCUCUCUAUCCCGUAUUUCUCUCCCCUCUCCACUUCCCUUUCUCUUUCCCUCUCACCCCCACGACAACACCAAAGAAUUUCUGACCCCACAGCCAGUCUCCACAAAUUCCUCAUCCCCACGACAGCCCCACGCUCGCCAGACUCCCACCCGCCAUUUACUCUCUAGGACAUGACUUACAGCCUAAUAAAAAUAACUCCAUGGAUCAGCAAACUGGGUGCGAGGGUGAGACGGGAGAUGAGUUACUGAGGGGAUGCUUUUUGUUUUCCAUUGGGAAAUCUUUUUUGUGCAUUUUGUCAGAGGUUUUGCUCAGGAUAUUCUUCACCUCUUCAAUGGUAAACACAGAUUAGCAGAUCAAGGACUGGCACGAUCUCUAACAGCGUUUUCACACUAGGAUUUCAUAAUUCAGCGAGAGCAGGCCACACUGCCUACUGGAUAAAAGGGAUCAAGUUCAUGUAACUUAACCCAAGUUAACCCAGUUGCUGUGUAAGCAUUAACUUGGUUGAUAGAGAGGAUAUGUAAGAAGGUACUGUGUGAAAAUGGUGUUAAGAGUCCAGACAUCAGAAUUAUUCAUCCUGUAAGUGCAUGUCAGUAGAACCUUCAGGGCCAACCCCUUUUCAAUGCUGUAUAGCCAGCAGACACAAGCAGUUCAACACUUCAGAACAAGCAUCCCUCAGAACUCUGGCAGUAGUUAUGAUGUAGCUUCCAAGUGUGAAGUUGCAACUGUUUAUCUGAGUGGUAGUAAAGCCAUUGAUAGGGCUUUUGAGGUAUCACUUAUUGCCUAUAAAAAGUUGACUUAUCUGAAGAGGCACAAUAUCAAGUUAGCAGGAGGUCAGACAAAAUGACUACAAGGUACAGAUUCCACCCCCAGGGGUUUUCAGACAGAACUGGGGUGGGUUGGUAGCUACAAUGAAGUGUGGGAUGGGAGUCAGGGUUAGAGUUUGGUGUUUGGGACCAAUCCAGACCGGAAAUCCCAUUAGUAACGCUGUAGGCAUGUCUUCAUUUACAACGUGAACCAAGCUUCUAAAAGAUUAGAUUAGGGCGGGUCACAUAGCGGUGAAUCAAAGCUGCUGGGCAUUUUAAUGUCAGGACGAAUACAUUUGAAAUCAACCCUCUGUACAACCAGCAGCCAGUAUAGGUGAACUGAAAUCGGGAAUAUACUCAAGUGGCAGAAGAGUAAUGUUCAGUAGGGAGCCGCAAUAGCCAGCCAACAAUGAGUUUCAGCAGCCAGCCAGGUAAAAAUGAGUUUCAAUAGCCACCCAGGUAACAAGUUUCAAUAGUCAAUCAGAAAGACAAUGAGAGUUGCAGACUUACUCGCUCACCUCUUGAGGCCCGGCUUCGAAGCUCGUUCAGUGCCGCUGAGAAUCGAAGGGGAGACUUUGCAAUGCAACACAGGUUAAAGUAUAGGGCCUGCAUUUACCUUAAUUAUAAUUAGACAUUCAAACUGAUGCUUGAGACUCACUCAUGCCGCAGUCUGAUACAAACUGGCCUACCUCCACCAGUUUCAGCCACAUAAAAUUUUAACCAUUAAAAGACAUUUUUAGAAAAGUGGAAUGAAUAUCCAAUUUAAUUUCAUGAAAUCAAAGCCUAUUUAUUUGUGUAUCAGGCUUCUCUACCCCCCCCCCCCACAUCCCCAUCAUUGCAGUAAAAUUGAUACAAAGUGUAGUAAAACAAUGGGAAACCAUGACAAUGCAGACAAAAAUCAGUGAAAAAAGUCAAGUAUGGGGUAGGCAUGGUGAAGUGCAUCUUUACUGUCCCAAUGCGUAGCAGGAUAAACAUUUCGAAGGGCAGAGCACAUGGGAAAGACCUGUUUCAGUGCAGAAUGCUGCAGCAGUCUCUGCUGUGCUUGGCUCUCCUCCAGCAAUUGAAGGGUGAAUGGUCGCUGCUCCAUGCUGGUGUGGACUGUGUGAGAACAGGGCUGUAGGUCGUGCAGGUCACUUUACUAUACAGCUCUGGGAGGGCUAUGAAACACUGAGUGAUGCAACUCAUGUCAAAUGUUCAAGGUUACUUAUGCAAACUGUUAAUAUGCUAAUAGUGUUGUUGCGAAUUUACUAACAUGGCUGCAUGCAGAAUGCUACACAUAUUUCUUACUGAUACAGACGCAUAGGGGCAAGUGCUGGUAACCUCUGCCUCAUGCCAUGGACUGUCUCUAUUUUGGGCUAUUCGAAGGUCCAAAGGAGGGACUGAAGAGGCAGACCCUUGUUGGCACUUGCAGGGUUAAGGAGGAUCGCGUGAUGUUCCCGAGGCCAAACGUUCUAGUGCAAGAUGACUGUUUUGCUUUUGAUACAGAACGUUCUAGUGCAAGAUGGCUGUUUUGCUUUUGAUACAGAACGUUCUAGUGCAAGAUGACUGUUUUGCUUUUGAUACAGAACGUUCAAGUGCAAGAUGGCUGUUUUGCUUUUGAUACAGAACGUUCUAGUGCAAGAUGACUGUUUUGCUUUUGAUACAGAACGUUCUAGUGCAAGAUGACUGUUUUGCUUUUGAUACAGCUGUGUUUGCAAAAGAUUAAGAAAGAAUGUGGUCAAGGUGGCUGUAUUUUUGUAAGAGUGUAAAACUGUUUUCCUGAGCUUUGAGCAAAAAACAACUUGUUGAUGUACUAAUCUGCUCAAAUGUUGCUCUGCUAAACAUGUAUAAGUAUUAGGUCACCUAGUCUUAAACUAAGAGAGUGUGUUCAUGUAACUGCUGCUGUGCGUUCAUGUAACUACUUCUCUUCCCUUGCACGCAUUGUAAUAAAACUUCUUGAACUGCUA